GGGGGCUGCGGGGAGCGCCUGGGAGGGCCCACGCCCAAGCAGUUCUGCCCCGUGCUCGGCAGGCCGCUCAUCAGCUACACGCUGCAGGCCCUCCAGAGGGUGAGCUGGAUAAAAGAUAUUGUUGUGGCUGUGACCAGUGAGAACAUGGACAUGAUGAGGGCCAUCAUCCAUCAGUACCAGCAUCAGCGAGUCACCCUGGUUGAAGCUGGCGCCACCCGCCAUCGGUCCAUUUUCAAUGGGCUGAAGGCCUUGGCAGGAGACCACCCCCAUUCCAAGCUGCCCACCCCCACGGUUGUGAUCAUCCACGAUGCUGUGAGGCCCUUUGUGGAGGAAGAUGUCCUCGUGAGCGUGGUCACUGCUGCCAAAGAUCACGGGGCAGCAGGAGCUAUCCGCCCCCUCGUGUCCACGGUCAUUACUCCAUCUGCAGAUGGUUGUUUAGACCAGUCAUUAGACCGGGCCAAGCACCGGGCCAGUGAAAUGCCCCAGGCUUUCCUGUUCGAUGUGAUCUACAGAGCUUAUCGUCAGUGCAGUGACCACGACCUGGAGUUUGGGACGGAGUGCUUGCAUUUAGCACUGAAGUAUUGCCACACCAAGGCCAAGCUGGUGGAAGGCCCUCCUGAUCUGUGGAAGGUGACCUACAGACGAGAUCUGUAUGCUAUGGAAUCCAUAAUUAAAGACAAGAUUUCACAACAGGUCUGUGUUGUCAUGGACACAAAAGAAGAUGCCGGAUGCAUAGGCUUUCUUCAAGGAGUGCUGAAAAAGGAACUGGAAGUUAAAGGCACAUCUGUAACUCUGUGUCCAAAUGGCCAAGAUCUUCAGAAAAUCUUCCUGGGAGAGUGCUAUAAUUUUGUUUGUAUAAAUACGACGAGCGCUGAUUUUCACCAGAUCACGAAGCUGUUGGAUGGGCUUGAGAGCAGAACCCCUUCCCUUUUCUAUCCCGUUGCUGUUGUUUCGGUGCAUUUUCUUGAUUCCCAAAAUGUGUCAUUUAGUGAAAGAAUGAAAGAACUGAUGGAAAUGAAAGAUUUUGCAAAGGAAGUGAAAGAACGAAAUAUUUUCUUAUAUGGCGUUCUCGUCUGUUUCACACAGGAUAAUCUACAACAGCUACACGAAAACGUCAGGCAGGGUGCCAGCAUCAUCACUUCCCUCCUCAAGGACCGCAACGCCGGGCUCACUGGGCAGCUGCUGAUUGCGUGAUAUAGGCAGAGAAGAUGGGCCACGCUCUUUCUGUCUCUCCCCGUCUCUCUCCCUCUGUCUGUGCCUCUCUUGUUUUCCCUCAGCAAAUUGUAACGGUUUUCCCUUCCUUGUUUCUCUCAUGAUAAAAUUACCUCCUAAAGCUUCCAAUCAGCACCUAUUUCCAUGCAGUCCAGGCCUUGCUCUUGGCUUCUAUGCAAGAACAAUCCAUUAAAUUGGAGACUGUAUAGCUGCUGGCCAGGUAGUUACUUUGGGGGCCUUUCCCAGGGGAAGGAUCUUUCGAAAGAUCUGGAUAAUGAUCAGGUCCUGUCCAAUUAAAAGAAUGAUUUAAGAAGAAGCAGUAACAAAAUCUUUUGUCCCUGCACUCACACAUUAGUCAAGCAGAUGAUUCUCUGAAUGCCUUAGUGCUGAUGGGGCUUUUGGACAUGUUUCAGAAUUCUGCUUUUUCCUUUCCAAAUAUUUCUUUCUUUCCAUCCUAGAUGAGGGUCUGAGAUGAUGCUGAGAGCCAUGAGUGGUGCCAUCUGGCUUCCUUCUGAACAGGAGGUGAGCACUUUAAAGGAGGAAGGAAGAGAAGGCCGUGCACCUGCUGGCCUCAACUGUCUAGGGCACCGUAGAAUCCCCUUUCCUUUCUUCCCCGGAGCUGGCCCCGAGACUAUUUCAUUUGAUAUUUCCCUUUCACUGAACUAUUGAAAUGAAUGAAGAUAAAAUAACCGCUUUCUAGGCACUGGCCAAAUCUUGCCAUCAAAAAAUGAAUAAUAAAAAUCUGUCCUGAUGAA